AUGGUUACCUCGACUGGGUCACACUUGACUAUGACAACGAAUUCAAUUACCAUACGUGGUUUCGGCAAUACACUGGGGAUGUUAUUGGAAUUUACUGUCAUGCAGCUGCCCUUUGAGUGGGCAAUAUUGUUGGACAUUUUGCUAUUAUGGUCUGACUUUGUCAUGUUCUCUGCCUUACGAGGACUUGAUUUUGGAGAUGUUACGAUAGAACAGGAUCUAAAAGAAAAGCUUAGAAGUGAUGUGAACACGCAGAAGCACAAGAUUCUUCAUUCGCAGUAA